CUCGGUGAGUGCAUGACUGUUGGGAACAGAGCACAGAAGAACACGCGAAGACACCAGCCUUCACUUCACGAGCAAAGAUUCGUUGCUUGAUUUGCUCUACCACCCAUCUCAGCCACCGGCGGCGACCUCAGAUGGGCGCCCGGGAGCGCCGCGCCGUCCACCACCGCGCUCGCCUCCGCCUCCUCCCCCACCACCGCCACCUUCUCCUCCUCCUUCCGCUGCUGCUCCUCUUCCUCCUCCCGCCCCUCUCCGCGCUCCUCCUCCGCCGCGCCAACUCACUGGGCCGCCGCUGCCUGCCCCCCGCCGCCGAGCACCGCCCCCUCGCCGGGCAGCGGCUCAGCUUCUCCAUCGUCACGCUCUCCGACGAGGACCUGUCGGGCCGAGGCGUGCGGGGGCGGUCCUUCCGCGGCGUGCUGGCGGCCACCGCGCGGAACAAGCGCGCCUACGCGGCCGCGCACGGGUACGGCCUCGCCGCGCUGCCCCCCGGCGCGGUCGACCCCGCCCGCCCGCCCGCCUGGAGCAAGGUCCUCGCCCUCCGCGCCCACCUGCACCGCCACCACUGGCUCUUCUGGAACGACGCGGACACGCUGGUUACCAACCCUGGCAUCUCGUUGGAGGGGAUUUUGUUCUCGGUGAUUGGGCAUAGUGAUUUUGAUGCAUCGCCUGAUCUCAUUCUGACAGAGGAUAUCAAUGGGGUGAAUGCGGGACUGUUCUUCAUAAGGAGGUCGAAAUGGAGUGAGCGAUUUCUGGAUACAUGGUGGAACCAUACAUCAUUUGUACAAUUUGGUUCCACAAAAAGUGGGGAUAAUGCAGCGCUGAAGCAUAUUGUGGAUCACUUGUCACCUGAAGAAACACAAGCACACGUCCGUAUAGCAAAAAUGCAGUGCCUCUUCAACUCAUACCCCUGGGUUGCUACGUGGAAAUCAGUUCACCGCCUGAUCUUCCACCCGUCCACUACAUGGGGCUUAUUCAGAUGGAGAUUUCAUGGUCCAUUUUGCUGGCCUAAAUGACAAGCGAGGCUGGACAUCAAGAAUUCUUAGAGAGAUAACUCACCGAUGAGGAUAAUUACCCCAAUUUUAUAAUGAUCAAUGGAGGAUCUAGAAGUUUAUGUGAAGAGCCUGGUUGUUUUUGUAUCAUAUUCUGUUGUAGACUGCCAUUUUAGUUGGACAGCAUGUUCCGUUUCUAAUCAUCUAUUAUUAAAAGGUUGCCUCCCCCUAACUACUUCUGCAAACCUCUGAUCCAGCCAUGUCAUAAAAAAUACUCGAAUUCAUUUCUGGACAGCUCUUAUGCACAGGUGUUUGAUUCAGAAGCACAACACAGCCAUCUGCCUCCUUUAAUACCUCGCCAAUAUCCACCGAUCUCUCACAUCCAACAGAUCAACAUUGCAACAUGACAUCAACUUAUCAAGGCUUCUCUGCCAUCACCGGGGAAUGUGGAGCUGCUGCUGCUCUACGACUUACUAUGUGGUUAGUGUAAAAAGUGUCAGCAUUGGACCUUGGCAUGCCACUGACAUUCUUGAGAGGCGCCUGUUGUCGUCCACUUGGUGUGUGUCAGCAAAUCUGCAGGUCCCAGGCCAUGAUCGGAGACAUAUUUUUUUUUUUUCGAGAUUGACGGGGGGGGGGGGUCAAACCCCACCGCUUGUUAUAUUCCAACUCGAAGAGUGACUUGGCAGUCAGUACAAAUACAUGAAGGCGCACACAAAGUGCAAAGGAAAAUUACAGAGGACGGCGCCCAGGAGGAGAGCCAAAAACUAGAGAAAGAACGAAGUAAACAGAGGGGAAGGUUGGCACAGAGACCAAACCGAAAACCCUGGUAACCAACACCUCAGGAGCAAGCUCCGCCGAGCAGCUCGUUCCACCAUCAACAAAGAACCACAAGAAGCCCUAGGGAGAAAAAAGGCACCAAAAACGGCAGCUCACAGAGGAACAUCAUUGGCACGAACGAAGGGCGUCGCAUAGCCGAGUUCGUGCGGUGACACCGGUGUGCCACCGUCGAAGCCGCAAGACGGCGCUCCACCGAGACCGAAGGGCACGACACCGGUGUAUCGUCGCCGAGGUCGAAGGGCAGCUUGCCGCCAAGGCCACGCCAGGAUAUCCACGCAAGCGUCGUCUGGGCCACCAUGAUGCAUAGCCCUGUCCAUAAGGAUAAUCGAAGUAGGAGCAUGCCAAGAAGCGUCAAUGGCACGAACGAAGGGCGUCGGAUGACGAUGAGCUUCCCGGCGAGGAGCCGUCGUUUUUGCCGGUUGAACGACCUCACCAUGUCGACCGCCUCUUCCUCGACAAGUGCCAGGGAGAUCUGCUCGUGCCAUGAUGAGGUCGUUCAACCAGCAAAACGGCGGCGGUUGCCGUCGGCGGCGGGCCCGGUCGCGCCCAAGCCCUCACGGGACACUGAGGCGCAGGACCUACGAGGUGGUACGAGGUGGACACCUUUAGGCACUCGUCAGUGACCAUCAUGUUCUUGAGAACUGGGUCUCACCCUAUUCGCCAGGCCUGCAAGGAGUGCAGUUAGCCCACCCUCGUCCGGCCAGCCGGCGUCAGCGGUGGCGACCCCAUAGCCGGCAAAGCACGCCCUGCCCUUCACCUCGAGGGCGUCGUGGAAUGGACGGUACCUCUCCACGGCGUCGUGUGGGCCUGCGGCGUAGCAGUUGGUGAUGGCGAAGCGGCGCUCGGCCCCGGCUCCUGUUUUCAAGAAUGCGGAUUUGGUUCUGCACAUGAAGUAGUGAGUGUAUGAUUGUGUACACGGAAGACGAAAACAGCCUCCGAGAUGACACCCAUGAUUUGAUUUGAUCUAGCUCGAGCCUAUUGUUUUUCUAUGAUUUGUUUGUGUGUCGUCCGAUUGCUGCAAUGUGUUCUCGUUUAUGAGCCUCUGAUCUAUCUACGGUAGGAACUUAUUGUUCCACGAACUGCAGGAUUAUUUGGCAACUGAAACUGGAACUUGAACGGUUCAGGCUCAACUUGUCGGUUCAUUCAAACCUUCUGCUGCUGGGUUUGGAAGUAGUACAGGUGUAAAUCACAUCAUGGGAACCCUCACUGCAGCCUGGGCAGGCUCUUUUUCUUUUUCUUUUUUGUAACUUACAUUACAAGAGGUUAUUGUUUGUCCCCGUCAGGUGCCGCUGAAGCUACCGCUAACUGCGGAAAGAACUUGGCUGGUGAAUGCUCAAGCAAAGUUUGGCGUCGAUCAUGUACGAGUAAUACUGAUGAUGGUGGAUGCUGUAAGCUUGACAGUUGGGUGGGUUCUUGAGAGCCUGUCGUGCAAAGAGAUAAUGCUGUCAAUGUGAUGGUUAAACUCACGUGGUUUAUUGUUCUGGGGCAACUAUCACACUCACACUCAGCACACAUCUUAAGUCUCUGAAAUGUAGAAGGAGCACUGCUGAACCAUUUGUCUGGCUCUACUGACUCCCAUUGGUAUAUCAUGAAUGGAAUGAUAGAUACUUUCAGCUGUA